UUCAUUCAAUGGGUUAUUGCAACAAUGUAGUUCCGAGAAUAUUGAUGGGACCAAUGCUGAAUUUGUGCAUGUAAAAUUUUCAUUUGUAUGGCUUGCUAUGUCUGUAGUUCAAGAGCUGAACUCGGACUUGAAAUUUGAAGACUUAACUACGACAUUUUCCACCAAAUCAUUUAACUCAGUAAAGGAGCAGCUGCUUAGAUUCCGUAAAUUUCAAAAUAAAUAUGAGCAGUGGGGUCAGUUGAUGGGUACAGUUAAACUGAAAGAGGAAAAUGAACAAGAGCUUUAUCUAUGGUCUUGCAGAACUCGUAUUGCUAGAGCAUUUUCUACUACCAAGUCAACUGUAUUGUUAACUGAUGAAUUAUGCAGGAGUUCACAAAUAGUUGGUGGAAAAGGGUGUUCCUUAAUCCUUCUCACCCAUCUAGCUACAAAAACAUCUGAAUUCAAAGUUCCAAAAGGUUUUGUAAUUACAACUGCUGCAUUUGAACGACAUAUUGAAAGUAAUCCAGAUGUCAAGUUGGCUAUUGAAGAGUUAAAUCGUGCGACUUGCCAAAAGACUGUUUUUGAUUUACAACAAAAGUGUACUAAGUGUAUGGAAGUUUUUAACUCUUCAAAAUUAUCUGAAGAUUUGAAGCAAGAAAUGAAGAAGGUUCUUUCUAGCUUAUAUGAAUCAUUAGAAAAUGUGAGAUUUUCAGUUAGAUCAUCUGCGUAUGGUGAAGAUAGUGAAGAUUUAUCUGCUGCAGGCCAAAUGCUGACAGUACUUGGUGUUAGAAGCCUCAAAAGUAUUGCUGAUGCUGUAAUUAAAUGUUGGUCUUCAAAAUUCAGUUUCGAAGCAGUGCAAUAUUCUCGACAAAAUGGGCAACUUAUCACAUCACCAAUGGCUGUUGUUGUUCAGGAAAUGGUUCCAUCUGAAGUUUCUGGCAUUUUAUUUACAACCGAUCCAGUUACAGGAGAUCCCACUUAUCCCUGUAUUACUGCCAACUAUGGUUUAGGAGAAACCGUAGUGUCAGCUUUAGCUGAGCCAGAUACUAUAAAGCUGAAGCGGAAUGUAAAUAAGUCUUUAUCAGUGUUUGAGAAAACUGUUGGUUCAAAGAAAACUCAAGUUCAUAUGACAGAUGGAGAUGGAACUGAACAAAAGUUUUAUGACAGUGAAACCUCAUCUUGUUUAACUGAUGAAUUGGCUGUGAAGAUAGGAAAUGUGGGAAUAUUGAUAGAAAAGUGCUUCUGUGGACCUCGAGAUAUAGAAUGGGCUCUUUACAGAGGAGAAUUAUUUUUACUUCAGGCACGUCCAAUAACUACACUUCAUAUUGAAACAGACUUUGAACUUAUUCAUGACCAGGACACUCCAGUAAGGUCAGAUCAUGAGUAUUGGACCAGAGCAAAUACAGGUGAAGUCUUUUUGGGAGCUACUUCUCCUCUUGCAGUAUCAGUGGUGGUUAAUGGCAUGGACAUCAAUGCCCAUCGUAACCAGAUAAUAAGAGAAUUUCGAACACAAUAUUGUCCAUAUGUAGCUCAUGUACUGCCAGUGACACAUAAACAAGUAACGAUCAGCCUUAUUGAUACUCUUUUCAGAAACAAUGAAAAAGAAAUAUCUAACAAUCAAAAAGCAUUUGAAGUUGCAUUGUUUGGACGCCUUGUUUCAACGAAAAAGAUUCAUGAAGUCGGCGUGAAACGAUACGGUUAUGCAACAAAAGCACGAAAAUAUUUAGGUUUUCUUUUCUUAGGAAGAGCUAUGUUUGGCAUACCUAAAGCGAUUGACAAACUCUACAAGAAAAUUGAUAGUUCUGUUCCCCAUUUUGAGAAUUUCAUAGACAUUCCAAGCACAUGGCAAGGAAUACUUGAUCAAUUUCCUUUUCAGUGUGAGUCAAUGCUUAUAAAGACAGUGAAUUGGUUUAGACAGUCAUUUUAUCAUCUUGGAGAUCUUUUUGUACAAGCUGGUUUGCUUCCCGAAGGUGAGCUGAUCUUUUUCCUGACAUUAGAAGAAAUUCAAGAUAUGAUGGAACACAGAACACCAGGUCUUGUACCCAAAGCUAUUCGUAGAAGGCGGCUUCAUCCAACUUUGAACAGCCUUCAGUUCCCCGAAAUCAUAGAAGGCAUUCCAAAACCUAUUAAAGAAGACAAAGACGUUUCAAAGUAUGCAGCUUCGUUUACUUUAAAAGGUACACCAGUCUGCCAAGGCAAAGUAAAGGCUACAGCUACAGUUGUUUUAUCUCUAGAAGAAGCAAGUAACAUAAAAAGUGGUGAUAUUCUCAUUACGCAUUCUACCGACAUUGGCUGGAGUCCAUACUUUCCUCUUCUUUCUGGUGUUGUGACAGUAUUAGGAGGUCUAAUAUCUCAUGGUAAUAUUGUAGCAAGAGAAUAUGGUCUUCCUUGUGUGGUAGGCGUGCAAAAAGCAACUUCAGCUUUUAAAUCAGGUGAUAUUGUUAUUUUAGAUGGCACCAGUGGAAACAGUCCCACUAAAGUAACAUCCCUUGAAGAAGAAAAACUUGAAUUUGAUUAG